AGAACAAAUACGGGGAGUGAAACAAUUACCAACCGAUUGGAGCAAAAGAAUCAGAAGGCUAUAGAGAUUUGGAACGUAGGGAACGACUCUCGAGGUCAUUAGCUGAAAAGGAUAGGCAAGAGAUUCUCUGAAAAGCGAUCGUGGUAUUGAGGAGUCGAAAGAUGGCGUCUAGGCCGGAAUUGAAGCUCGACGACGAGGUUGGCUUCAUUCGCUUCUUCCGAAAUUUGCCUAGUAAGGACGAAGAGACGAUUCGCAUAUUUGAUCGAGGCGAUUGGUAUUCAGCACAUGGAGAUGAUGCUGCAUUCAUCGCAAGGACGGUAUACAAAACUACAUCUGUGCUCCGCCAGCUUGGCCGCAGCGACAAUGGCCUUGCCUCAGUUACCAUGACUAUUACAGUCUAUCGGAACUUUCUGCGCGAGGCUUUGUUCCGCCUAGGGAAGCGUAUCGAGGUUUAUGAGGCGACAAGUCGAAUGAACUGGAAGGUGUCAAAGCAGGCUUCUCCAGGAAACCUCCAGGACAUCGAAGAUGAACUCGGCGGCCAGAUUGACUCUGCUCCCAUCAUCCUGGCGGUCAAAGUCACUGCCAAGGCAUCGGAGGCUAGGACAGUCGGUGUAUGUUUUGCAGAUGCCAGCGUCCGUGAACUUGGUGUCAGCGAAUUCCUCGACAAUGAUUUAUACUCUAACUUUGAGUCAAUGCUGAUCCAGCUCGGCGUCAAGGAAUGCUUGAUUCAGACGGACGUGCAGAAGAAGGACGUCGAGUUGGGAAAGCUAAGAAGCAUAGCCGACAAUUGUGGGUGCGCAGUUACGGAGCGGGUUGCAGCCGAUUUUGGUACGAGAGAUAUUGAGCAAGACUUGACCCGGCUGCUGCGAGAUGAGCGGUCGGCUGGAACACUGCCUCAGACAGAUCUCAAACUUGCCAUGGGAUCGGCCGCUGCUUUGAUCAAAUAUCUCGGCGUUAUGCAUGAUCCUUCGAACUUUGGUCAGUAUCAGUUGUACCAGCAUGACCUAUCGCAGUUUAUGAAGCUAGAUGCGUCAGCGCUCAAGGCACUGAACCUGAUGCCGGGGCCUAGAGACGGCUCCAAAAACAUGAGUUUAUUUGGCCUUCUCAACCACUGCAAGACGCCUGUCGGCAGUAGAUUGCUUGCUCAGUGGCUCAAGCAGCCUUUGAUGAGCCUGGAGGAAAUCGAGAAAAGACAGCUGCUUGUCGAAGCCUUUGUCGUGGACACUGAACUGAGACAGACCAUGCAGGAGGAGCACCUACGUUCUAUCCCUGACCUUUACAGGCUAUCCAAGCGGUUCCAAAGAAAGGUUGCAAAUCUGGAGGAUGUUGUUAGGGGCUAUCAGGUCGCUAUCAGACUUCCUGGUUUCUUGGGUACUCUGGAGGCAGUCAUGGACGAGAAGUACAGAGAUCCUUUGGAUGCGGAAUAUACAUCAAAAAUAAAGGAGUACUCGGACAGCCUGGCUAGGCUGCAAGAGAUGGUGGAGACGACAGUAGACCUUGACGCUCUCGACAAUCACGAGUUUAUCAUCAAGCCAGAGUUUGAUGAUAGCCUUCGGACAAUCCGCAAGAAGCUCGAUAAGCUGCGCUACGACAUGGAAAAGGAACACGAAAGCGUUGGGGACGAUUUAAACCAGGACACAGAGAAAAAGCUGUUUUUGGAAAACCACAGGGUGCACGGCUGGUGCUUCCGUUUGACUCGAAACGAGGCAGGCUGCAUUCGCAACAAGAAACAGUACCAAGAAUGUUCGACACAAAAGAAUGGAGUAUACUUUACCACUGCUGCCAUGCAGACAAUGCGGCGAGAGUUUGACCAGCUCUCGCAAAAUUACAACCGCACACAAAGCGGAUUGGUCAACGAAGUUGUCAAUGUUGCGGCAUCUUACUGUCCCGUAUUCGAGCACCUCGCUGCAGUUCUUGCCCACCUUGACGUCAUUGUUAGUUUUGCUCACGUCUCUGUCCACGCACCGACACAAUACGUACGGCCCCAGAUGCAUGCUCGUGGGCAAGGGGACACGGUUCUCAAAGAGGCACGCCACCCAUGCAUGGAGAUGCAAGAUGACAUCCAAUUCAUUACCAAUGACGUGGAGCUCCGACGAGGCAGCUCAGAAUUCCUCAUCAUCACCGGUCCUAAUAUGGGCGGAAAAUCGACAUAUAUCCGGCAAGUCGGGGUGAUUGCUCUGAUGGCUCAGGUCGGCUGCUGGGUGCCCUGUUCGGAAGCGGAAUUGACGCUGUUCGACUGCAUUCUUGCACGAGUUGGCGCCAGCGACUCCCAAAUCAAAGGCGUAUCAACAUUCAUGGCUGAAAUGCUCGAAACAGCGAAUAUUCUCAAGACAGCCACGUCCGAGUCGCUCAUUAUUAUUGACGAACUGGGCCGUGGAACAAGCACGUAUGACGGAUUUGGUCUCGCAUGGGCCAUAUCAGAGCACAUUGUGCGCGAGAUCAAAUGCUUCUCUCUCUUCGCCACACAUUUUCACGAACUUACCGCCCUGGUGGAACAAUACCCCGCAGUCAAAAAUUUGCACGUCACUGCGCAUAUCGGUGAAGGUCCCUCAUCGUCCUCCCUGGCCGCCAACGGUACGACAGGAACCAAUGGCGCAUCCGACGAUGAGGAGCGUGCUAAGCUAAAUAAACGCCGUGAGGUUACACUGCUCUACAAGGUUCAACCCGGCGUGUGCGACCAGAGUUUCGGAAUCCACGUUGCAGAGCUAGUCAGGUUCCCUCCAAAAGUCGUCAACAUGGCAAAACGAAAAGCAGACGAGCUUGAAGACUUUACGGUCAAGCAUGAUCAGGAAACUGCUCAUGCAAUGGCCCAGCAUUCCAAAGAAGAUGUCGAACAGGGAAGUGCCAUGCUCAAGGAUGUGCUCAUGCAGUGGAAACAGGAGGUUGAAGCUGCCGGCGGUGAAUCGGAAUUAUCCAAGGAGGAAAAGAUUCAGAAGAUGAAGGAUCUAGUCAUGCGCAAUGAGGAGUUGUUGAAGAACCCCUUUUUCCAGGCCGUCAAGGCUUUGUAAUGGCGUGCGAGGCUGUCCAGAGGACUUUGUCCUCCUUGGGAGCUUUGGAACUGUGUCGGGGAUACGACAUAUUAGAAUUGCUUUCCGAGACAUAAAACUGGAGUUUUGGAGCUACUUAUGAGGAUAGAUGUGUGGGAAACUUUUUAUUUCAACAUACUUGUGCGGUAGCUGGUAUCAGGGUAGCACUUGCGGCCGGGAGGCCGCAGAGGAUUUGCGCACAGCUUGUCGGGUUUUCCUUCUUGUUUUGGCAUGGCAUCUCUUCAUCUUGUUUGCUAAUCUUUUGUUUGCACCUUAUUUAUUUGUCCAUUCCCUAUUUGCUUUUUUUGCUCUCUAAGGAACCAGAAUCUACGAGAAAUACUCAGACUCCGAUUUACACCAUC